AACAGUGGAAACUGGGCAGGGUCUGCCUGCACAUGAAAGCAGCGUCGGUGCGUACACAGUGCAGUUUCUCUUUUACGAGAUGACACGCCGCUGUGAGCCUUUAACUUUGACUUGGUGUGGCAUUUCUCUGCCUUCUGUAGGCGUCGCUGCCCGGACACCGGCGGUGUUGUUCAACUUUGGGAAGUGUGUCGAUUUGUUGUGAGAGCUGAGAAGGAAUGCGCGGUUUCUUGGUGGCUUUUCCUCUCGAGUUUCCCCUCCUCUCGGAACAGUGACUUCGACCAACCUGCGGUUAGCUGGUGCUUUAUCUGAGCGUGCCAUCGACAGUAAACAUGCAGCAUGAUGUGUAGUUACACCUCUGUCGCUGACAGACUGUUGUUUGCCUGUGUUGAUACGGAGGAAGGUAGCACGUCGUGCCUGUGCAGAAGCUCCAUGGGUAACCGCCGUGCGUAACGCUGGCUCUCCAUGGAGGACUGCUGGAGAAGCCCCUCAUCACAACCCACACUUUAAGACAGCGAGUGACCCUUAAAACAUGAUGAGUCAAGACCAAGACGGGAUAUCCUUACCGGUGCCUUGCUUCGGCGUCUGCCCCAGCAGAGAGAGCCUCGACGACAGUAGCAGCGGCGGUGGUGGAGGUGGAGGUGGCGGCGUCUUCGGUAUCCCCGCAGCCGGAACUUUCUGGCAGGACUCGGUGGUCGUCGGUGGGGGGCACAGCCCGACCCCAGGGAGCAAUCCGAUGGACGGCGGGGGCUUGCUCUCCACCGGGAAGUCGUGCAAAAGCAGGCCGGUGACGGUGGCCUAUGUGGUGAACGGAGAGGCGAGCCAGCAGAAUAACGCGGAGAGCAUGGCCCUGCAGUGUCUGAAGGACGCCUGCGAUACGGUGGGCAGCAAGCUGGAGACGGUGAACUUUGGUAAACUGGACUUUGGGGAGACCACGGUGCUGGACAGCUUCUACAAUGCAGACAUUGCUGUGGUGGAGAUGACGGAUGCCUUUCGCCAGCCGUCGCUCUUCUACCACCUGGGAGUCAGAGAGAGUUUCAGCAUGGCCAACAACAUCAUCCUGUACUGCGAUACUAACUCCGACUCCCUCCAGUCUCUGCAGGAGAUAAUUUGCCAGAAGAACACUACAUGCUCAGCCAACUAUGCCUUCAUCCCGUACAUGGUGACGCCUCACAACAAGGUGUACUGCUGUGAGGGCAGCCUGAUGAAGGGCCUGACGGAGCUGAUGCAGCCCAGCUUCGAGAUGCUGCUGGGGCCCAUCUGCAUGCCGCUGCUCGACCGCUUCAUCCAGCUGCUCAAAGUGUCACAGGGAAACUCCCACCAGUAUUUCCGCGAGACCAUUCUGAACGAGAUCCGUAAGGCUCGGGAGCUGUACACUGGCAUGGAGCUGGCUGCCGAGCUGAGCCGCAUCCAGCAGCGGCUGGACAACGUGGAGUGCCUUUCGGUCGACAUCGUCAUCAACCUGCUGCUGACAUACAGGGACAUCCAGGAUUAUGAGUCCAUCGUGAAGCUGGUGGAGACUCUAGAGAAGCUUCCGACCUUUGACCUCGUGGCUCAUCCACAUGUGAAGUUCCACUACGCCUUUGCACUGAAUCGGAGGAACCUGCCGGGUGACAGACAGAAGGCUCUGGACAUAAUGCUGCCCCUGGUGGAGGGCGAGGAGCAGGUAGCCUCGGACAUCUACUGCCUGGUGGGACGGAUCUAUAAGGACAUGUUCCUGGAGUCUCACUUCACUGACACACCGAGCAGAGACAGCGGCACACAAUGGUUUAAAAAGGGGUUUGAGUCAGAGCCAACACUACACUCUGGGAUCAACUAUGCUGUUCUGCUCCUGGCAGCCGGACACCAGUUUGACACAUCUUUUGAACUUCGUAAAGUGGGAGUGAAGCUGAGCAGCCUGUUGGGGAAAAAAGGCAGCCUAGACAAGCUGCAGAGCUACUGGGACGUGGGCUUCUUCCUGGGUGCCAGCAUCCUGGCCUGCGACAACACCAGGGUCAUCCAGGCCUCUGAGAAACUCUUCAAACUCAAAGCCCCCAUCUGGUAUCUGAGCUCACUAGUGGAGACAAUCUUGAUCUACCAACAGUUUAAGAAACCUGGCGUGGAGCAGCCGGCCCCCAAGCAGGAGCUGGUAGACUUCUGGAUGGACUUUCUGGUGGAGGCCACCAAGAAAGACGUCUCCUCUGUCCGAUUUCCUGUGUUGAUAUUAGAGCCCACGAAAGUAUACCAGCCUUCAUAUUUGUCCAUAAACAAAGACGUGGAUGACAACACGGUGUCUAUCUGGCAUGUUGCUUCUGAUGACAAGCACAAGGGGAUCCAUGAGUGGAACUUCAGCGCCACAUCAGUACGAGGUGUCAGCAUCUCCAAGUUUGACGAGCGCAGUGCCUUCCUCUACGUGCUUCACAAUUCAGAGGACUUCCAGAUCUAUUUCUGUACAGAGAUGCACUGUAAAAGAUUCUGCGAUAUGGUCAACAGCAUAGCCGAGGAGGCCUGGAAAGGUCCAGAGGAAGGAGACUGUGACAGCGACGCCUUAGAGUACGACUAUGAGUACGAUGAGCACGGAGAGAGGGUGGUUCUGGGAAAAGGCACAUUUGGAGUGGUGUACGCCGGGCGAGACCUCAGCAACCAGGUCCGACUGGCCAUCAAAGAAAUCCCAGAGAGAGACAGCAGGUACUCUCAGCCACUCCACGAGGAGAUCGCUCUUCACAAGCACUUAAAGCACAAGAACAUCGUCCAGUACCUUGGUUCAAUCAGCGAGAACGGCUUCAUAAAGAUCUUCAUGGAGCAGGUGCCUGGAGGGAGUCUGUCUGCACUGCUGAGGUCCAAGUGGGGCCCUCUGAAAAACAACGAGUCCACCAUCGGUUUCUACACUCGGCAGAUCCUGGAGGGACUCAAAUACCUGCACGACAACCAGAUAGCACACAGAGACAUCAAGGGCGAUAAUGUUCUCAUCAACACCUACAGCGGCGUCCUGAAGAUAUCAGAUUUUGGCACAUCAAAGAGGUUGGCUGGGAUCAACCCUUGCACAGAGACUUUCACAGGCACAUUGCAGUAUAUGGCUCCUGAAAUCAUAGACAAGGGUCCUCGGGGAUACGGCAAGCCAGCGGACAUCUGGUCUCUGGGCUGCACCAUCAUAGAGAUGGCAACUGGGAAACCACCUUUUUAUGAACUGGGAGAGCCGCAGGCUGCUAUGUUCAAGGUGGGCAUGUUUAAGAUCCACCCAGAGAUCCCAGAGUCCAUGUCGCCGGAGGCCAAAGCCUUCAUCCUGCGCUGCUUUGAGCCCGACCCGGACCGCCGUGCCACUGCCCUCGACCUGCUCACCGAUGAGUUCCUCACCGUCACCAGCCGCAAGAAGAAGAGCAAGGGCAACUUCACAGCUCUGUCUCCGGGGUCUGAGUACCUGCGCAGUAUCUCCCUGCCGGUGCCAGUGGUGGUGGAGGACACCAGCAGCAGCAGUGAGUACGGCUCCGUCUCCCCUGACAACGACCUCAACUCCAAUCCUUUCAUCUUCAAGCCCAGCGUGAAGUGCUACAGCGAGAGGGAUGUCAAGGGGCCCAGGUCCCUCUUCCUCAGCAUUCCAGUGGAGAACUUCGAGGACCACAGUGCUCCUCCAUCUCCCGAUGAAAAAGAUUCAGGCUUCUUUAUGCUUCGGAAGGACAGCGAGAGACGAGCCACACUGCACCACAUCCUGACCGAGGACCGGGACAAGGUGGUGGCCAACCUGUUGGAGGCCCUCACACAGGGCCCUGAGGAAAAGCUGAAGCCUCAGCACAUCUCCGCCCUCGUGGUCAGCCUGGCCGACUUUGUUCGCAUGGCGGACAGAAAAAUCAUCGCCAACACGUUGUCUCAACUCAAGCUGGAGCUGGACUUCGACAGCACAGCCAUCAGUCUGCUGCAGGUCGUGCUGUUUGGCUUCCAGGACGCUGUAAACAAAGUGCUGCGAAACCACAACAUCAAGCCUCACUGGAUGUUCGCUCUGGACAACAUCAUCCGCAAAGCUGUGCAGACCGCCAUCACGAUCCUGGUGCCAGAGCUGAGGCCUCACUUCAGCCUGGCCUCAGAAAGUGACCCGGCCGAGCAGGAGGACGUCGACGAUGACACCGAGCUGGAGAGAAACUCCACCCACCAGAGCCGGGCGCCUCUUGCCGCUCACGACGACACCGUGGUCACCUCCGGAGUCAGCACGCUCAGCUCCACCGUGUCACGCGAGUCCCAUAAUGCACAGCGCUCUGUCAGCAUGGAGCUCGGCCGGAUGAAGCUGGAGACCAACAGGCUGAGAGAGCAGCUGCUGGAGAAAGAGAGAGAGUAUCAGGCCAUCCUUCAACAAGUGCUGGAGGAGAGAGAGCAGGAGAUCAGACUACUGAGGCUGCGAUCUGAGCCCGCAGACGUCCCCACAUCAUCGGGUUGCCCCGAGGGACAGAGGAGUCCACCUGCAGAGAGACAGGAAGACUCAGAGAUGACCAGCUGGCUAAGGCUUUACGGCGCUGACCAGGACUCCAUCGAUAGAAUACUGAAUGAGGAGUACACGUUGAACGACAUCCUCCACGAUGUAACAAGAGAUGAUCUGAAGAGUUUAAGACUGCGAGGCGGGAUCCUGUGUAAACUAUGGAAGGCCAUCGCAGACUACAGGCAGAAGCCAACCUGAGGCCUUAAGUGGCGACAACCACUCAGAAAAGCCAGGUCCUUUGUCCCAACAACUAGUACUUUUUUUCCUCUGUUUUUACAAGAGCAAGACUUUUAGGAGAGAAACCUGUGUUUGCCGUCGUGUGCACAGAGCAGCUUUCCACCAGCACAAAAAACUCUGACUGGUCUCGUCGGAGCAUCUUGAUCAAUUUUGAAAAAAGGAUUUUGGAAAAAACAACUUUGAAAGCAACAAUAAUUGAGAAGUGCCACAAGUUUGGUGGACAUUACACAGCUUUUUGUUACAGGUGCGUUAAAAAUGACAAUUGGUGAGAAAAUCUAUUGUUAAAAUAUUGAAUACUGUCAAAACAUUUUCUCCUGUCGUUACAAGAUGUACAAGGUUACAAGACGUUUACAAAACUGGAGACUGAUUGUUUUCUAAUACAAGCCUGAGAUACAAAAUACUACAUUCAAAAUCAUCUGAACUAAUAUUUUUAUCCUAGCAUCUUAUCACUACUUUAUUUAAAUGUGUUUUUAAUUUAAUUGUUAUGGUAAUCUAAAUGAUGUCAGUGCAUGCCCUGUUUUUAUUGUAUUUUGUAUCCAUACUGAGACUUAUUUAAAUUGGUUUUUUUUUCACAUUUCCUUUUAUAAUACAAAUCUACGUUUUUAUUUUUCAGAAAAGUGUAAAUAUUGUGUUACGGAAUAACAUUUAUGUACUUUACAAAUACAAAGAUAGACAUAGUUAAAUCUCCAUGUGGAUUGACUGUGUAUAUAAUCAACAUAUGUGAAACAUUUAUUGUACAGUAUUGUAUUUUCUAGUGUCACAAAUUAUAGGAUACAAUAUUCAGUUGGUAUAAUUAAUAUUACAUGAAAUCAUUUGCUCUGUUUUUAUUGUUGUACACUGACAGAAUUGUGCUUAUCCUGCUUGUGUAGACAUAGAUAUGUUGUUUGAUAUCUAUGUGUGUAGAUAUGAUCAUUCAAUCAGAUGUCAUGAAAAAUCUGAAAUGCAAGCAAAUUCUUAUGGAAGAGCCUUGACCUUUUUUUAUUUUAAAAACUUUUCAGAAAUGGGGAACAUAAUCAUGAACAGUGUGUCCGUUUUGUUUCAUAUCUAAAAUGAUUCAAGAUUUUUGUGUCAUAUUGUUAAAAUAAAAUGUUUCAUCUUGAACUGUGAAA